AUGGAAGGAGCCAAAAGGCAAAGUUUGGAGGAAGACUCUGAAGGACAGGCCACACACACAGGACCCAAAGGAGUAAUAAAUGAUUGGAGAAAGUUUAAAUUGGAGAGUGAAGAUAGUAAUUCAUUCCCACCCAGCAAGAAGGAGAUUCUCAGACAAAUGUCUUCUCCUCAGAGUAGAGAUGACAAAGACUCAAAAGAAAGAUUCAGUAGAAAGAUGAGCGUUCAAGAAUAUGAGCUAAUCCACAGAGAAAAAGAAGAUGAAAAUUGCCUUCGUAAAUACCGUAGGCAGUGUAUGCAGGAUAUGCACCAGAAGCUGAGUUUCGGGCCUAGAUAUGGGUUUGUCUAUGAGCUGGAAUCUGGGGAGCAAUUCCUGGAAACCAUUGAAAAGGAGCAGAAAAUAAUCACAAUCAUUGUUCACAUUUAUGAAGAUGGUAUUAAGGGUUGUGAUGCUCUAAACAGUAGCUUAAUAUGCCUUGCAGCCGAAUACCCUACGGUCAAGUUUUGUAAAAUAAAAGCUUCUAAUACAGGCGCUGGGGACCGCUUUUCCUCAGAUGUACUCCCCACACUGCUCGUCUACAAAGGUGGGGAACUCAUAAGCAAUUUCAUUAGUGUUGCUGAACAGUUUGCCGAAGAAUUUUUUACUGGGGAUGUGGAAUCUUUCCUGAAUGAAUAUGGGUUAUUACCUGAAACAGAAAUGCAUGUCCUAGAGCACAGCAACACGGAAGAAGAUAUGGAAUAAAGAUUCACUAUGUCAGUGUCGCAUAUUUCUCCUUUAAGCAUUGAACAUUGAUUUUGGUAGUAUUUAUAUUCCUUUAGAGAACACCAAGUGUAGCAAUGGCUGUUCUAAUUCGGGAAAAAAAAAACCCAGACUGACACUAAAAUUAUAUGAUUAGCAUUUCUUAGUAUUAGUUACUCAAAUUGAUAUAAUGCUUACUUCAAAACAUUGUAGUCUUCAGUAAUAUUUUAGUAGACAAAGAGGAUAUGGAUAAUAUUG